CUCCACAUGUGAAACACAACAGUAGCAUCACAGAAAAAUAUCUCGUGAUUUUUCUAUGCUGGACUCCAGAAAUAUCUACCUUCUCAAGAGUAAGACUAAAGCUUUGAGAAUUCAGUACACAAACCAUUGACGAACCAUCAGAAGUAUGUCGAUUGUAGUCCCUGGUAGCUACUUCUUGUCUUGGUCAAAGACUUCUCAAUUAGUUCAUGGCCAUAUGAAUUUCAACAGCCCCAUGUCAAGGCAGAACGUCACUGUAGUAAGAUGUUGUAAUAGAAGAUCAUGGGAGAAACCAAGAGCUCAAAACAAUUACUAUGAAUUGCUUGGAGUUUCUGUUGAUUCAGAUACUCAUCAAAUUAAAGAAGCUUACCGGAAGCUGCAAAAGAAGUACCACCCAGAUAUUGUUGGCCAGAAGGGUCAUGAGUAUACUCUAAUGCUAAAUAAGGCUUAUGAAGUGCUGAUGACAGAAGAUCGAAGGAGAAAAUAUGAUGAAUCUAUUGGUCAGAUGAGGCUAAGAUUUGGGGAAAACAACAGUGCUCCCCUAGGUUACAGCACAUGGAAUGGACCUUUAAGACCACAAGCUUUAUUUGUUGAUGAAAAUGCAUGCAUAGGAUGCAGAGAAUGUUUACAUCAUGCAAGCCAUACUUUCAUCAUGGAUGAAGCUGUAGGAUGUGCUCGGGUUAAAGUUCAAUAUGGAGACAUCGACAAAAAUAUUGAGGUUUCUAUGGAGUCAUGCCCAGUCAACUGCAUUCAUUGGGUGGAGACAGAAGAUUUGCCAACCCUAGAGUUCCUGAUGCAGCCUCAGCCAAAGGAAGGGUAUGGUAUAUUUGGAGGAGGUUGGGAAAGACCUUCAAAUGUUUUCACUGCUGCAAAGUCUUUCAACAAACAAUUGAAGGGGCAAGCAACAACUAGGCCCUAUGAAAGAACUGGAGGGAUUGAUCAAGAGAGCCCUGCUCAAGCUGAAGCUAGAGCUCAUGCCAGCAUGAUGAUAAAGAUGGAGAAUUUCUUGAAAAUUCGGAACUGGGUGAGAGAAAUCUUUGGCAUAAAGCCAUAAAUAUAAACCAGGGAUGAAAGAUGCAGAUAUCUAUGAAAGAAAAUUGGAAUGUAAAUAUAAUCAAUUAACCUAGAAGAAGAGUUAUGCUGUUCAUAUAGAAUGUUUUAUACAGAUUCCAAUGUAUAAUAACCAAUUGAAAUAAGGUUUAGUAUAAUUGCUUUGGAUAUGAAGAUCUUACAACUGUUUAAGUUUCAAAUACAAGUAUCAUGGGUGAUUGGUUA